AUACAUGCCGUACAUGCUCUAAGAAGGGAAUAAACGUGAUAGAGGAUUUGAAAUUACAACCGACUGCUUGAGUGACUGGUUCACAUUGGUUACUGUAAUUGUUUGAUGUCUGCGGGAGCAUUCAUUCCAGCGAGAUAAUAUUGAAAUGGCAGCAAAUACUCGAUCGCGUACUAAGGUCGUUAGCGGGAACGAUCAAAACGACAUGGAAAUACCUGAAGAUCUUUUGAAACGUGCCGAAAAGAAUCGUCAGAAAGCCUUACUGUUGAAAAAGGCAAAGCUGAUCGCGCACCCUUACGCAAAAGAGGAUAACGGUGACACGGUUACUGGAAGGCUCGUCAAAGUAAGAGGUCAACGUGUAAUCGAUAGCGGAGGUGGAUUCCUCAUCGAAGAAAAUGACGAGCUUGAGCAACAAAUGCUAAAGAUCACAUCCGUGCCAGCGCCAAUUAUAAGUAAACUGCCAAUAUGUGAGGAGUGCUUGGGUGAAUUCAAAGAUUCCUAUCUUUUCCAGACCUUUGAUUUAUUGGUUUGCGAUAAGUGCAGAGACAACGAAGACAAACAUUCUCUAAUAACAAGGACAGAAGCGAAGCAAGAAUAUCUGUUGAAGGACUGUGACCUUGAUAAAAGGGAACCGCCUUUGAAAUAUAUCGCAAAAAAGAAUCCACACAAUGUACGAUGGGGCGAAAUGAAGAUGUAUUUGCAUCUUCAAGUAGAAAAACGUGCCCUCGAAGUUUGGGGUUCAGAAGAGGCUUUGUUAGAGGAAAGAGAAAAACGAGAUGUCAAAAGACACGAAGGGAAAAUCAAAAAAUUCAACAAAAAGGUGAAACAAUUACGAAUGACUGUACGAAGUUCCAUGUACGACAAAACAAAGGCAUCGCACACUCAUGAAUUUGGCGAAGAUACUUACAAUGAGGAGGAUGAUAAUUAUUCCCAUACAUGUGAAACAUGUGGCUAUGAAGAAGUGUAUGAAAAAAUGUAACAUUAAAAAUCGAUAAUUCAAUAGCAUAUCAUUUUCCAUUUGUGCUGGAAUGAAGUAUUGCUGCUGUGCGGAAUAAAAAAAUAUUGAUCAUUUCUGCAUUUAUGUGAUGAUAUUUGUAAGAAAAACUGUAAAUUUGAUAUUUUGAAUGAUUGUAUUUCAAGGUAACCCGAUCACACAGUUGCCGUAUUGUUUGGAAAUAAUUGAAAAUCCAAACAUUAUUUCUUUUUCUUUGCGUACUAUCAGUUUAUUUAUUUUCAACCGAUGACUAGUUUUACGUUCGAUGGUUGGGAGACUUACUCUAAAAUUUCACAACUCCAAUUUCAUUUUUUACUACAAAUUGUUUUAUAUAUGCAUAUAAUAUAUUAUACCGUCAACUGUACAAUAAAAUUCCUGAAAGAAGUGAAUUUGAUGUAUUUGAUACAUCGUAUUCUGCUAGCCUACAUGGAUAUUGAUAAAUGAAGAAUUUUUUUUAACAUUGUCACGAUUUUGUUUGGCUUCGUAAGAAAUUUCAUUUUCACAGACGUGAGCUGCUAACUAUAUCAGCUUUGCAUAUGCAUUUUAAGGAGUUCAUGCUUUCAUAUGUGAACUCAAGAGUCCAAAAUACAACGAAGAAAAAAAACAAACAGUCGAACAAGCUUUACAAAUUACGUAUUUCAUUUUAAUAUCAAGUUCAUCCACCUAGAACUCUUCUCCAGAACCUCAAUCUAUAGACAUGUAUAUACAUUGGGAUGCAUAUAAUGUUGUAUUAGGCGUUAUGUUUUGAAUAUGAAAUAAUGUCCUUCCGGUAAUUACAGCCGAAGUAACCAAGUUUUUCUACCUGUCUUCUCCUAUGUUUAUUUGAAAUAAUUUGUACAAUUAUUGUAUUGUGUAUCAAUACAUUAGCAGGAUCUCGAAUGGAACGAAUUUUUUAUAGUCUCCAAAUUUCGCUGAUAAGUCAGAAAUUGUAAUAUUUCUUUGCUCAACUGUCUACACAUAUAUUUACACUUUUAUUUACUGUUAUACGUUUAAGCUUUUCCGAAAAUAUGUUCGGAGAUCCUGCUAAACUACACAAAAUUGAAGUUCGUAACAUUAACGUAACAUAAUGAACGAUAUUUAAGAAAUUAAUAAUUUCGAGACUGGGAUAAUGGAAAUGUAGUAAAACAUAAAUCAUGAUGCAAUCAGGGCGAUGUAUCUUCGUUUUCUAACUGAAGCCCCUGCGAACCAAUUAUAAAGUUUCGAAAUAAUACUUUUCUAAACAUAUUUUGUUACAUUAACUUGAUAAACUUUUACGCCCUUUCAAUACAGGGUCUGAACGCACUAAAUUGUUCAUACAACAAUUUUUCUUUUCUCUACAUCAUAAUAUUUUGAUAGUUAUUGGAAGUCUAAUUUUGAAUAAAUAUUCGAAAAUGAACAAAUUUCAAGUGAUUUGUGUCAAAC